AUGGCUGCUUUCACACGAUGUGCGAUUCUUUCUCUCCUCGCCAGCGCCAGUCUGGCAGCUCAGACGAGGAGAUACAAUUUCACCAUCACUAACAAGUGGGACACUGGGGAUGGUCAUGGCAGGCCUGUCUUUGCCAUCAACAACGAGACACCCGGCCCUCUCAUCGUGGCAGAUGAGGGUGAUGAGAUUGAAGUGUUUCUCGACAACCAGUUGGCUUUCGAGACAACUAUGCACUGGCAUGGGGUCUACCAAGUCGACAAGCCCUGGAAUGACGGGGUUCCAGGCGUGACCCAGUACUCCAUUCAACCACGCGAUACCUACACAUAUCGCUUUACGGUCCAGCAACAAUACGGAAGCUAUUUCUAUCACGGCCAUUUCGGGCCUGCUUUCGCAGAUGGCAUGCGAGGCCCGAUCUGGAUUGCCCCCGCAGCGUGGCGACCGAGGCCAUACGAGCUCAUCUCAUCUUUGCCUUCAGACAUUGAGGGCAUGAAGCAAGCAGAGAAGAACCCGCAUCAUGUGGUCAUCAGCGAUUGGAACGCCGAGCCCAUGGACAUUCUGCUCAUCAUGUAUCGCGAUACCGGUAUCGUCCCGUGGUGCAGCAACUCAAUCGUGCUCAAUGGAAAGGGCAGAACGUUCUGUCAUUCAAAGGAGUUGAUUGAGUCUGUUGGCGGUCCGGGUAGAGACUCACUGGGCUGCGUUCUACAGGACGGCCAAGCAGAGUUCGCAAACCUACAGACUUGCCAAGAGACCUACGCUGAUCUCGAGGUUUUCGAGGCGAAGGCCGGCGAGGAGUGGAUGUGGAUCAACUUCAUCCACUCUGGCGCCCAUCAUGAAUUGCAAAUCAGCGUUGACGAACAUGAGUUUUACGUCGUCGCGGCAGACGGAGAAUUCGUCCACCCUCAGAAGGUCCACGCGGCCAACUGCAACCUCGGUGAACGAAUCAGCAUUCUGAUUCGUCUGAACCAGAAGCCUAGGGACUAUGCCAUCAGAGUCACAUCCCUCCGCAGAGAGCAGAUCAUUCAGGGGUUUGGCAUCCUUCGGUACCCCGGCCAGAAGGUCGAGGGCAAGCAACAGGUGCCCGACACCAAGCCUUGGGUUCAUCUCAACGGCACAUUGCUCUCGCCGUCCUCCGUGGCCAUGGACGAGACCAAACUUGCUCCGUACCCGGCCCGCCCACCGCCUGCUAAGGCCGAUAACACCAUCAAGUUCUUCGUCAACAUGACCGGCCCCAGCAGCUGGGCUCUGAACAUUGGUCCCCACCAAGCAUUCCGUCAACAACUACCACCCCUACUCUGGGACGAGGAGUCCCGUGGUGUCACCACAUAUGGAGAUGAUGUUCACGGUGGCUCGUUGCACAACGGCACUGUUGUGGACAUCAUCUUCGAGAAUGGUGCCAACGUGACCUCUCAACAUCCCUUCCACAAGCACAACAACAAGGCGUUCAUCAUCGGCACCGGUAGCGGCAGCUUCCCCUGGCCCACGGUUGAGGACGCCAUUCGAGAAGGAGGAAUGGCGGACCACUUCAACUUGGUCGACCCGCCGAACCGUGAUGGCUGCAGGCUGGGCAACAGCACCGGUGACUGGACCGUCAUUCGAUACGAGAUAUCUUUCCCUGCGGCAAGCAUGCUUCACUGCCACAUGAUUCAUCACUUUGCGGCCGGGCAACAGGUUGUACUGCUCGAGGGCGUUGAGAGCAUGGCGAAGAUUCCCGCGGACAUGAAGGAUCGUGUACACUCGGAUUUCCGAGCUCCUCUUCGAUAUGGUCCGUUGGACUAG